CUUUAUUCCAAAAAAUCCUAACCCAUCUUUCAUAACCUAUCAAAAUCCCUUUUGCCCUCAGUUUUUUCUUCUUUAUUCCCACUUUGCCUUCGUCGCCCUACUUUCUCCAGAUUCUCAAUUCUUCACUCUCUGAAGGUCUGACCGCUCCACCAUCCCGACAUAUCUUCUUGCUUACAUUAGAUCUCGGCACAGCAGCCUGAGAAACACCCCCAGUUGAUCAUCUAUGACGCUAGGUUCAGGAGGAUCGGGUGUCGUGGUCCCACGAAACUUCAGAUUGCUGGAGGAACUUGAACGUGGAGAGAAAGGUAUUGGGGAUGGUACUGUCAGCUAUGGAAUGGAUGACGGAGAUGACAUCUACAUGCGUUCUUGGACUGGUACCAUCAUUGGUCCCCACAAUACCGUACAUGAAGGACGAAUCUAUCAGUUGAAGCUGUUCUGUGAUAAAGAUUACCCUGAGAAGCCACCAAGUGUUCGUUUUCAUUCACGGAUUAACAUGACUUGUGUUAACCAUGAAACUGGAGUGGUGGAACCGAAGAAGUUUGGACCUCUUGCGAACUGGCAGCGUGAGUACACCAUGGAGGAUAUACUUACACAGCUGAAAAAGGAGAUGGCAUCCCCACAUAACCGGAAGUUGGUCCAGCCUCCAGAAGGUACCUACUUCUAGCUUUCAAGACCGUAUAGAUAUCAUGGAACCAAUUGCAUAUGCAAUAUGCAAUAUAUAGUUUGUAACGUCCGUGUUGCUGAUCCUAUGUUAAGAUCGUGCAGGGGAGUGCCCCAAAAAAGUUUCUCUUGUUACCUCUCCGUGGCUUCAACUUUGUUUUGUUUUCUUCUUUUUUUCGAACUGUGUUCAAGGGAUGCUGUUUGAUUAAUGGGAUUUUAUGUGUGUCCAAUAUUUAACAUACCCUUUUAAGUGGACUCUUCUAUCCUUCUCUGUGUAUAGACUUCUUCUAUCCUCUUAUUGUUCUAGUU